CGGGGUGGGGCCAGCCCAACGGCCGAGCCUGCGCAGUGAGUCUGGCCGGCCCCGGGGCCCCAGCGCACUACAAGUCCCAGAAGGCAGCGCUCCCCGGGGGCGGGCGGCCGCCUUACCUGCCGCGAGCUUAUGCCUCCGGCUGCUACCGCUCUCCCCCUCCCCCAUUCCCGUCGGUCGCCUUUCCACAGUUAAAGGCUACUUUCUCGUGAAGCACGUGAGGAAGAGUCUUAGUAACCUCGACCUGGAAGCUCUUCGCGUGUCCUUUCUCUCCCCGAACUAUGCCUGACUCCCUCACCGGAGUUGGGUAGUAGACGAGAGAAGGAAGCUUUCGGAGGCCAAAGCCGAGGCAACUUGGUCGCACUUCCGCCUCCCGGGCUCCGGAAGGUAGCGCGCACGCGCUCUCUGCGACUCCGGCGCGGUUGACUUCCGCUCCCACUGUGCCCUGCGAGCCGAAUCAUGGAUCACACUGACAAUGAGUUACAAGGCACUAAUAGUUCUGGAUCAUUGGGUGGUCUUGAUGUUCGAAGACGAAUUCCUAUAAAGCUCAUCUCCAAACAAGGGAACAAAGCCAAAACUGCACCUCGAACUCCAAGGACUAUAAACAGGAUGCCUGCAAAGGCUCCACCUGGUGAUGAAGAAGGAUUUGAUUAUAAUGAAGAAGAACGGUAUGACUGUAAAGGUGGCGAACUGUUUGGAAAUCAGCGAAGAUUUCCUGGACACCUUUUUUGGGACUUCCAGAUAAACAUCUUAGGUGAAAAGGAUGAUACGCCAGUUCAUUUCUGUGACAAGUGUGGAUUGCCUAUUAAAAUCUAUGGGCGAAUGAUUCCGUGCAAGCAUGUGUUUUGCUAUGACUGUGCAAUUUUACAUGAAAAAAAAGGAGAUAAGAUGUGUCCAGGCUGUAGUGAUCCCGUUCAGCGGAUCGAGCAGUGUACGCGAGGUUCUCUCUUCAUGUGUAGCAUUGUUCAAGGGUGCAAGAGAACCUACCUGUCUCAGAGAGACUUACAGGCGCAUAUCAACCACCGCCACAUGAGAGCUGGAAAACCUGUUCCCCGUGCUUCACUUGAAAACGUCCAUCCUCCUAUCGCCCCACCACCAGCUGAAAUCCCUGAUCGUUUUAUAAUGCCGCCAGACAAGCACCACAUGAGCCAUAUUCCGCCAAAGCAGCACAUCAUGAUGCCGCCACCUCCGUUGCAGCACGUGCCACACGAGCACUAUAACCAGCCACACGAGGAUAUCCGUGCUCCGCCAGCAGAAUUGGCCAUGGCUCCACCUCCUCCUCGUUCGGUCAGUCAGGAAACCUUUCGUAUUUCAACAAGAAAACACAGCAAUUUAAUAACUGUCCCUAUUCAGGAUGACUCCAAUUCAGGUGCUAGAGAACCACCACCUCCUGCCCCAGCACCUGCUCACCACCAUCCUGAAUAUCAGGGCCAACCAGUGGUCUCGCACCCUCAUCAUAUUAUGCCUCCACAGCAACAUUACGCACCCCCCCCACCUCCUCCACCACCAAUAAGCCAUCCAAUGCCACAUCCUCCCCAGGCCACAGGGACUCCUCACUUGGUUUAUAGCCAAGCUCCACCUCCACCAAUGACCUCUGCUCCACCACCAAUAACCCCUCCCCCUGGACAUAUUAUUGCCCAGAUGCCACCUUAUAUGAAUCAUCCUCCUCCAGGACCUCCCCCGCCUCAGCACGGCGGCCCACCUGUAACUGCACCCCCUCCUCACCAUUAUAAUCCUAACUCUCUACCCCAGUUCACUGAAGAUCAAGGAACUCUGAGCCCUCCAUUUACACAACCAGGAGGAAUGAGUCCUGGUAUAUGGCCUGCACCAAGAGGGCCACCUCCUCCUCCACGAAUGCAGGGUCCGCCUUCUCAAACCCCACUUCCUGGACCACAUCAUCCAGAUCAGACAAGAUAUAGACCGUAUUACCAAUGAUUAAUAGUGCUUUGAACUGAAGAUAUGAUGAGGAGGAAAAAAAACAACAAAAACUUAUGUAUAGUCAAUCUUUUAAUUAAGCUUUGACUGUUCUGGGAAGGAGAAGCUCCUCUUCCUGAGGUGACCGUAAAACACGUAGGGUCUUGUCUCUUAAAAAUGGUUUUAAAUCUUGACCUUAGGAUCGAUUUCAAGUACUAUACUGUAGUGCAGAUAAGUGGCUCAGUUGAGCACAGCUAUAUUUUAACAAAUUUGUUCCCCUAGUGUGGUAAAUUGACCCAGAGGUGACCAUUUGUAAAGAAUUUGGGAAGACUUUUUCAUUGUUCCACUUUCAAAAAUAGUGCUUUUGUUCAAUCCAGUGUUCAGUUUUUCUUGUGAUACAUUUUGUUAACCUGUGUAAAAGGAUUAAAUUUCAAAAUGGUUGUAAAAAUGCUAUUUUUAUGUGAAUUUAAGUGCAGCCACAUACUGUUUUUUAAAAACCAUAUGUUUUACCACUAAUUUCCCAAAGUUACAAUAAAAUCCUAAAAGUAAAAAUCUACUAGAAUUUACUGUAAGGCAGACUGUUAAGUGGUAGAGAAUUAUUUCACAUUUUAGGCACUGAAAGUUUGAGGUAUAUUAAGUAUAUAAUGCACUUCACUUGGAUGCCUUUUCAUUUUUAGGCAGCCUCAGGAGCACCAAAAUACAUUGGAAUUCCAGUACUAAGAUAUAUUGAUGUUCAUAACAUUAAAAGGCAUUAGGAAUUCUUUGGGAAGAUCUGGCCAAAGUAAUUGACUCUACAGGCUCCAAGCUAUUGGGGGAUACUGUUACUCAUUAACGUUUUUUCCUGAAUGGUUGGAAUCACAUGAUGCACCACAUUUACUAAUCUUACGUAACAUUAUUUUAUAGAACUGUUUAAAUUGUGUUCUCUAGAUAAAGUGUUCUACUCUGCUCAUUGUCUCAAACUAAGUAUUUAGGGCUGAAUAGACUUUAUGUAAUUCCUCAUUUCGUGGUGGAGUUGGAUCCUGUGCUCUAGGUGGGUUCUUGUUUAUUGGGUUUUUAAAGUGCAAUUUGAACGCCGUAGAGGAAUAUUGUAUUAAUGAGGGACAUUCUUGUAAUCACAGACUUGCAUUGCUCAGGUUUCAUUACCGUGUGAUAAGGUUUUUUUUUCUCUAACUUGAAAUUUUAAGACUAUAAUUUCCUGUUCCUUUUAUGGGUUAAGCAGUAUGAAACUGGGAACAUUUUAAAAUGGAGUCACCAGUGAAGACUACCAGAUGAUUUUGUAUUGGAGAAAAGUAACGACUAAAUUGUGAUUUUCAGAGCUUUAUAACGUGCCUUUAGAGUCAGCAUUUGCAUUAUAGGGGCUUGCUACAGUCCAGCUAAGAUGACCACUUACAUUUUAUAUGGAACUCAUGUGUAUAAAUCAACAUUCUUAGGGUAUGGUCCUAUAUCCUUUGAGUAAACCCCUGUGAAGUAUUUCCUCCCCCCUAAAAUGGUGCAUAAUAUAAAAAUGAAAAACGUAGUAUGCAGAUGUCAUUUAUUAAAUAGUUUGUAGUGCGUACAUUUAGAACAUUUCUUUUUGACAAAGGGUGAGCUGAUGGCUAAUUUACCAUUGGAUUCUGUCAGACACAGGCAAAACAGUUUCUCAUCUUGGAUAAUGAGAUGCAGAGUCGUCUCUGAACUUAGAGCUGAAGUUAGAGAUAGGCGAAAUGAUUAUUUCAACCUUGACCGGCCGGAAAUAACUAAGACGCUUUUUUCUUUUUUUUUUUUUAAGUUGAGUGAUUUUUUCACAUCUAGCAAGUUGAGAGUCCAGUGUUAAUGCAAUAUAUCUAGUGAGAAAUUCUUGUUAUUAGGAGCAUGGGAGUGAAAUAAGAAAUAGUAUGAACUGGUGGUGGUGAGUGCUUCUAUCAUAUUACUGUAGGUACUUGGACUGGUGCAAACUUGAUUCCUUUUCAUGCCCCUAUUUAGGAGCUGUUAAAAUAUUACUGUUAAAAAUCCAAUACCAUUCUUUGUUUCUUGUGAUAAGAAAAUAGCCAAAUUCCUUUUAGGGCUUCUCAACUGUUUAUGAGGAGCGCUCCUGUUUUUAUUGAAAUUCACUAGAGUCGAAUGUGGUAUGAAACCACUUAGCCUAUGUAUUGGACAAAAUAAUUAGUAUCAUGAUAAACUUCCACAUGUUUAAGAGAAUUCUCGUAGACUUUUUAAAAAAUGAUUUAUUUUCAGUUAGGUUUAAAAAAUACGUGUUAUGCAGGGAGGCAGAUCAGAUGAAUGUGUUGUAGCAGACAAAAUUUUUAAAUGGCGUUAGACUUGAAUUCAUCCAGUUAUUGUUUGAAUGAGGGUUGGUGGGUAGAAGGAUAACAAAAUUACUGUUAGUGUUUAUUUCCUCAAGGAAAAAGAUGUGAAUCCCAGCCUUAUUUCAGGGAAGCCUUUGAAGCUAUGAUGGACAUAAGUCUAAAUUAAAUGUAUGUAUGUUUCAUUAUAUUGCUCUUAAGACUACUGAGGUGGCAGUUUAAUUCUUAAAAACAAUAAAAUGGAAGCAUAAAUACUA